AUGGGCAUACUUGCCACAGCGAGCAGGACGCAGAAAAGCAUUUCCCUGUCCAGCUGCGAAAGUGAAUUCAGGGCUGCAGUAUCCGGUCUUUGCGACAUGGUUCAUGUCAGCAAUGCGAUUGAGUUCGUUUUGGGCGCUGAAAUUUGUCGAAACAGUUUCAUCGAUUCCACAAGCGCGAAGUCUCUGCUCACCCGCCAGGGGGUAGGACGCACAAGGCAUCUUGAUGGAAAACUUUUAUGGGUUCAGGGUUUCACCAAGCAAGACUACUUGACUGUUUCGGGCAUCAGCACCCAUAGGAAUGUCGCAGACAUAGGUACCAAAGCACUGGCAAAAGAAAGGGUUCUGUGCUUGUUGUUUAUGCUGGGAGUUGUGGAUUGCAAUGACAACUACAAUCGUGUUGGGGCAGCCGAGUUUGCCGACAUGGAGCAAAAGUUGGCCCUCAAGCAGCAAGUGCGACGCCUGGAAAGGCGUGUUUGCCUCCCACAGCAGCGUGACAUCAUGUAUCAGGCCUUGAGGAUUGCGGUUGUGCUCAGUGAGCUGAACCUCGCAAGCGCCUUGAGCCCUAACUUGAGCCCAAUCAACUGUGUUCGCCCGAGCUGGAAUGUCAUCCCGGCUGUCGCAAUCUUCUGCCUGGUUCUGUGCAGCAUGUUGUUGCAAGGCUGUGAGGUGGAUGCUAUGCUGCAAGCGUACGCCGAGUUGUGGUUCUACGAGCUCGUCGAGCUGGUUGUGAACAACCCGGGUUUAGGCUAG